AGGUGAGAUCAUGGAGAUGGUCCUGGUUAAAUACCAGGGUCGGAACUGGUCCGGACGUAUCCGUAUCGCCCAGGACAUGCAGGAGUUCUUCCCCGUGUGCUUCACCUGCGACUCGGCCCAGGAGCUGAGCGUGGACCUGAGCGUGCACGUGGCGCGGCUGCAUGGGCGUCUGACGCUGGCUGUGUUUAGCCCGUACUGGAUCGUCAAUAAGACGUCCAGGGUUCUGCAGUACCGCGCGGAGGACGUCUCCGUCAAACACGCGUCGGACUUCAGGGACGUCGUCCUCUUCUCCUUCAAGAAAAAGAACAUCUUCAGCAAGAACAAGCUGCAGCUCUGUGUGUCCACCAGUUCCUGGUCUGAUGGCUUCUCAUUGGAUACGGUGGGGAGUUAUGGGUGUGUCAGAUGCCCUGCCAACACCAUGGACUAUCUGGUUGGCGUCAGCAUUCAGAUGAGUAGUUUCAACCUGACCAAGAUGGUGACCAUGAGUCCGUUCUUCACGCUGGUCAACAAGUCUUCCUACGAGCUGGAGGUGGGAGAGGUGCAGACAGAGGAGGGCAGUGUCAACGGGAAGUGGCACUACAUCUCCUCUACAGAGUGCCUCCCCCUCUGGCCAGAGUUGAUCACAGGGAAGCUGUGUGUCAGGGUCGUGGGCUCAGACUCCAAGUCCAAGUCCUUCUUCUUCAACAAACAGGACAACGGCACCCUGCUGGGCAUGGAUCAGUAUGGAGGUGUUAUCGUCGACGUGAACAUCUCAGACAACUCUACUGUGAUCAGCUUCACUGACUAUUAUGAUGGAGCUGCUCCAGCUCUCCUAGUCAACCACACACCCUGGGUUACCAUCACCUACAGACAGAGGUUAGACUGA